AUGUCCGUUCAAGUGGCGUCUGAGAAACCCCCGUCUUCCAUGGACGAGGAGAAAUAUGACGCGAAGGAAAAGAUUCUAACAACUUUGGACGACAGCACAGGCGCAGCCGAAGUCACUAGCUCCGAGAUUGGCGAGGUGUUCGCCGAUGGUCCACGUCUCAUUGACUUAGGGGAGGACGGAAAAGAAAGGCCAAUCGAAACUGAUUUGGAUUAUUCAACUCGAUUGUUGUCCCUUGAUGAUGACCCCACCUUACCUAUAUGGACUUUCAGAAUGUGGUUUUUGUCUAUUGGAUUGUCAUGCUUUGGCGCUGUGCUGGGCCAAAUUUUUUACUUUCGACCUCAAACGUUAACAGUCAGCCAGCUGUUCCUUCAGAUCAUAUCAUACAUCAUGGGCAAGGUGUUGGAAGAACUACUACCUGGUCCUGGUAACUCGAGAUUCAAAACGUCUGACUCACGCUUCUGGAGGUUCUUUAACCCUGGGCCUUUUAAUAUCAAGGAACAUGUAGCAAUAACGAUCAUGGCUUCGACUGCCUCGUCGUCGGCCCUGGCCAUCAGCAUAUUCGCAGCACAAGACUUGUAUUACAAUGUUAAACCUAACGCUGCAGUAGGCAUUUUCACCCUCAUAGGUUCUCAAUUAAUUGGGUAUGGUACAGCGGGUAUUAUGAGGAGCUUCCUUGUAUACCCGACAUUUGCACUGUACCCACAACUCAUCCCAAGUGUUCAAUUAUUCGAUGCACUGCAUCGCGGACAAGCGGCUGUCAUGCAAAAAAAGCGAUUAAAGUUCUUCUGGGUCAUCUUUAUCGCGAUUUUUGUUUGGGAGUGGUUCCCUGAAUAUAUUGCUCCAACACUAACGGGUGUUAGUAUCUUCUGCUUAGCUAAUCAAGACAGCGCUUGGUUCACGCGGAUCUUUGGCGGAGCUGCUGGUAACGAAGGACUGGGGGUCUUUUCACUUUCCUUUGAUUGGGCAUAUAUCGGACCCGGAGGAAACUCGAUUGGAGCAUUGUUUACACCUUUAUCGACCCAGCUGUCACUUUACGGGGGCUGUUUGGUGUGCAUUAUCGCGUUCUGUGCGUGUUAUGCUUCCAACACCUGGAAUACUCAGAACUUCCCAUUUUUGACGCAAUUGUUAUUCUACGAAAAUGGGACCAAAUACGACCAGCUUAAAAUUUUAAACAGUGACUUCACCUUAAAUGAAGAAAAGCUAGCUCAAGAGGGUCUCCCAUGGUAUGCCGCCUCUCAGUUGUUAUUCAAAAUUAGCAGGACAAUGUACAUUGGCGCCGCAAUCACCCAUUUCCUUGUAUGGCACUAUCCAACUGUAUAUCAGAUUGUACGAAACAGCCGUAAGAAUGACUGUGACGACCCGCAUUACCGUAGAAUGAAGGUCUACAAAGAGAUCUCGAAUUGGUGGUAUCUGGUUGUUUUGAUUGUCACGAUUGCAAUAUCGUUAGGAACAACGUAUGCAGCAAAAUCCGGGCUUCCCUGGUGGGCGUUUUUUAUAGCUCUAAUCUUUGCGUGGAUGUUUGUGCCCAUCAUAGGGACACUGUACGCAACGGUUGGAUAUGCUCCCAGUAUUGAAAAUAUGGUUCAGAUGCUGGGAGGCGCUCUUGUUCCUGGAAAGCCCGUCGCAAACAUGUACUUUACGAUGUAUGGAUUUAAUCCCGUGACACAAGCUUUGAGCCUGCUUCGGGAUCUUAAACUGGGCCAGUAUGCAAAGCUCCCUCCGCGGGUGACAUUCACUGUUCAAACUGUCGGAACCAUCGCCGGGGGUCUUUUGAACUUCGUCAUAGCUAAGACCAUCCUGGAAUCUCAACGUACUAUUCUUCUAGCUGUCCAGGGGUCGAAUGUAUGGUCAGGACAGCAGGUUCAAUCAUACAACAGUGAUGCGGUCUCCUGGGGCGCGCUUGGAAAACCACUCUACGCUCCGGGGACACGUUAUGGAUUUGUGCCCUACAUGCUGCUGGUUGGACUAGGCUUUCCUCUUCCCUUCUGGUUCCUUCAUCGUAAAUACCCCAAAGUCGGGUUCAAUCUUGUUUUUACCCCCGUUCUCGUGGCUGAACUGGGGUUCCUGAGUGUGGGGAUCAACUCGGCCGUGUUCACCAGAUUUGGUGUAACAAUAUUGUCACAGUACUAUCUUCGAAAAUACCGUGCUACAUGGUUCCGAAAGUAUAACUUCCUACUGAGUGCGGCUCUUGAUGGUGGGACCUCGGUAAUGAUCUUCGUUUUUACGUUUGCCGUUGGAGGAGGCAGCGGAAAGGUGACACAAUUUCCGACGUGGGCACUGAACCCGAAAGGAAAUCCAGACUAUUGCAAGCGCCUGAGUGACUGA